UAAACAAUGAGAAUCUUUAUUACUAAUACAAAUUGAUUCUUCAAAAAUAUCCCAAUUAUCUUAGGCGGGUUUGGAGGGAAAUUUCUCUGUUUCAUUUUGUUUUCUUCGAUUUCUACGAUUUUUUUUACUUCUUGUUCUCUGCUGCUACUACUGACUGCUGCCAUUUUUAUAACCUUAAUAACCAGUUUAACCUUAACCCUAGUCCCUAAUUCCCCACAUUAACUCACUUGUCUUUACAUUUUUCUUCAUUCUUGCCAUUACCCAUCUCCUCUUUUCAAAGGACAAAUUCAUUGCUGUCACACUUUAUAAAGAAAAAAGCCAUUUUUGUCAGAUCUGAGCAUACCAUUUCACUUAGUUAUGGUCCCUUUCUUCUUUUUCUGAGUACAAUGGGGUGUUAUAAAUGAACCCUUUUUGGCAUUUCACUUAUUUUCUUGGUCACUUUGAAUAAAAAAUACACUAUGUCAUCGGAAAUGCGCAGUCGUGGUGGUGGUGGUAGCAAUAGUGGGGUUGUUGGGAAUGGCUUUGAUCCAAGUAAUCUUCAUUUGAAAAAAGAAUUGACCCAAAUCAAGAAAGCUGCUAAAGUGUUGAGAGAUCCAGGGACCAGUUCCUCUUGGCGUUCUCCACUUAACUCUGCUAGAUCUGUAGCUGCAGCAGAAGCGCGAAAACACCAUUAUUUUCAUCAUCACAAGGGGAGUAAUCCUACUAAGCACCAAAUCAGUGGCUCCCUUGAUGCUAAAGGAACUAUCUUUGAGCAAGUUGAUAGAAAUGGUGCCACUGGCAACAAUGGGAAAGAGAAAAAAGUGUUUCUUUAUAAUUGGAGGUCACAAAAGUCUGAGAGUGAAAGAAGUAGAAAACUAGGUGAUGAGGAAGAUAUUGGAAAUGGCAAUGAUAAUGGGUCUUCAUCAACUCCAGAGGAGAGUGUGGAAGAUAGUUUGAGCGAUGCGCGGCAUGGUGGAAAUGAUUCCAAGAGUGAUACUUAUGUAAGCGAUAGGUAUGCUUCAAUGAUUUUAAAGUGUAAAGAUACUAACUUUAUGCCAUCUAUUAGACGGAAUAUGAAGAAAAAAUCAAAUAGAAGUAAUUAUUCUAGUGCCAUUUUAAGACAUCAUGGUGAAAAGUUGCAGCCGCAAAUUGUUCCCAGUAGGAUUUCUAGAAGAGCGUCCGAGGGUUUAGGUACAGGGAGGGAUGAUUCCACGAGUUUGGUUGAUCAAUCUGAUGAUACUGAGGAUUAUUGUAAUUCUGAGGAUAUAAGGAGGAUUUCUGCAGCUUCACCAUUGCUUGCUAAGCUUAGGAAUAGGAAUCGAGCUUAUUGGUCAUCUAAGUUGAGGAAUAGUGGGAGGGAGGAUUCGUCUUAUACAUAUAGCACCCCUGCAUUGUCUACAAGUUCUUUCAACCGAUAUGCUAUUAGAAAUCCAAGUACCGUUGGGUCAUGGGAUGCCACAACGGCUUCUCUCAAUGAUGGGGAUGAUGAGGUGGAUGAUCAGCUUGAUUUGCCUGGUCGACAGGGAUGUGGGAUUCCUUGUUGGUCCAGGAGGUCAACACCAAAAUAUAGGGGUGGGUGUGGGAGCUGUUAUUCACCAUCCUUUUCUGAUACUUUGAGGAGGAAGGGAAGCAGCAUUCUGUGUGGCAGUCAAACUAUGAAUCGAAGAAGACAGCGCGGGUCCUCUCUAGGUUACACCAAGAGGAGACACAGUUCGAGGAUUGGUGCUCAAGGCCUCAUUCCACUGCUAACUAAUGGUGAUGGACAAGGACUCUCUUCAAUAGGAACUGGACACAGUGAUGAUGAGCUCUCCACAAACUUUGGGGAACUUGAUCUGGAGGCAUUGAGUAGGCUGGACGGGAAGAGGUGGUCUACUAGCUGCAGAAGUCAAGAUGGACUAGAGCUGGUGGCACUGAAGGGAGAAGAUGGAGAGGAGGGCUCCCCGGAAAAUAUCAGAAGUCUGAGCCAGAAGUACAGGCCAAUGUUUUUCGAGGAAUUAAUAGGGCAGAACAUUGUUGUUCAGUCCUUAGUCAAUGCAAUCUCCAGGGGACGGAUUGCCCCUGUUUAUCUUUUCCAGGGCCCACGAGGGACUGGAAAGACAUCAACAGCAAGAAUUUUCACUGCUGCUUUAAAUUGCCUUGCCACAGAAGAAACUAAACCCUGUGGUGUCUGCAGAGAAUGUGCAGAUUUCAUGUCGGGGAAAUGUAAGAAUCUUAGAGAGGUUGAUGGGACGAACAAAAAAGGAAUUGAUAAAGUUAAGUAUCUUCUGAAGAAUCUGGCAGCGAGUCAGCAAUCAUCUUCAGGAUUCAAGGUUUUUGUUGUUGAUGAAUGUCACUUGCUGCCUUCAAAGACAUGGCUAGCAUUUCUGAAGUUCCUUGAAGAACCACCACCACGGGUUGUCUUCAUAUUUAUAACUACCGAUCUUGAUAAUGUGCCUCGUGCUGUAUUGUCUCGGUGUCAGAAGUAUCUCUUCAAUAAAAUUAGGGAUGGUGAUAUUGUUCUCAGAUUAAAGAAGAUUUCUUCUGAUGAGGAUUUGGAUGUGGAGUCAGAAGCAUUAGAUUUGAUUGCUUUAAAUGCAGAUGGAUCACUUCGAGAUGCAGAAACUAUGUUAGACCAGCUCAGUUUGUUGGGGAAACGAAUCACUACUUCUUUGGUAAAUGAUCUGAUUGGUGUGGUUUCAGAUGAGAAGCUACUGGAACUUUUGGAGCUAGCCAUGUCAUCAGAUACUGCAGAAACAGUAAAAAGAGCCCGGGAAUUGUUGGAUUCAGGUGUUGAUCCAAUAGUUUUGAUGUCUCAAUUGGCUACUCUCAUCAUGGAUAUAAUUGCGGGAACUCAUCCAAUUGUUGAUGCCAAGCAAACUGAUUCCUCUGGUAAAAGUUUGAACGAGACAGAACUGGAUAGAUUAAAGCAUGCACUAAAACUUCUUUCUGAGGCAGAGAAACAACUUAGGGUUUCUAGUGAACGUUCGACUUGGUUUACAGCAACCCUGCUACAGUUGGGUUCUGCUACUUCACUAGAUCGAACUCAUUCAGGAAGUAGUCACAGACUGAGCUCUAAGACAACAGAGGAAGACCCUUCUAGUACAUCUCGAGAAGCUAUAUCCCUGAGGCAGAGAACUGAUGCUCACCAUGCACCAUGUAAGUCAGGUUCUCCCUCAUCUUUUGCAAAAGCCAACCGUCGAAACUCAGCAAGUAGAGAAUUGACACUCUCAUCAAUGAAUGGGGAGGCAUUGGGUGGUCCACAUAAUGACACUAAAGACAGCAAGACAGCAUCUAGGUGCCCCAACACAAACGUGUUGGAUGAUAUCUGGAUCAGAUGCAUUGAUAAAUGCCACUCCAACACUUUGAGGCAACUGCUUCAUACUUGUGGAACACUUCUGUCGAUCUCUGAAGUUGAAGGUGGUUUUGUUGCUCAUAUUGCCUUUCGUGAUAGCAAGGUUAAAUUGAGAGCAGAGAGGUUUCUUAGCAGUAUCACAAAUUCAUUUGAAACUAUUUUGCGCAGCAAUGUAGAGGUUAGACUUGUUCUGCUACUGGAUGGGGAGACAUCUGGUGACAGUGAAAAGCCAAUUACAUUGAUCAAUUCUGGAGGUUUAAAACAGAUGGGUUCACAAAAUAUGGUGAAGAGGGAAACAGUAGUUUCCUCGAAUCAGGAUCCACUACAGGUAUCAAGAGGAAGCUUUAAUGAUUCUGAAAGCAGGAUGGUUGAACCUUUUGAGUCAGCAAGUGGAAAUGCUGGAACAAGUAGUUCUAAAGAGAGAAUCUCAGAAAUUCCAGUGCAGAGAAUAGAAUCCAUCAUACGUGAGCAGAGGUUAGAAACAGCAUGGUUACAAGCAAUGGAGAAAGGCACACCUGGAUCAAUGAGUCGCCUAAAGCCUGAGAGGAACCAAGUCCUGCCACAAGAUGGUCUUUAUCACAACAACCAACUAGAAUCAGUGAAUUCGAGGGAACUAUCCUCCCAGCAUUGGCAUGAUGAUCUAAAUGAGGAAAUUAGAAGUCUGAAGAUGAUUGAUGGGAAGGCAGCUCAGAAGGAUCAGACCAGUAAGAAGGGUGAUAGUUAUCCCAUUUCACCAAGUUUGUUGCAUAAUGGCAUAUAUGCCAGCAAUUUCAGCAAAGAGAGCAUGGGUUAUGAAUCAGGGUCUGGAGCUGGAGGUUGUUUCUGUUGGAACAACACCAGACCCCAAAGAAGAGGCAAGGUUAAACAAGGGACCCCUGUGCGACCACCUAAAGGUGGGCGAUUCUUAUGGUUUGGGGAGUGUGCAAAAUCAAGGAGAACAGAGAGUAGAUUGAGAAGAUAGCAAUGAAGCCCCAGAUAUUAGAAUGCUCAUUUUCUUUUAGUUGGCCUUUCUGUGUUUAUUCCAUCUGGUGCGGCCAUUCUAUUCUUUCAUGGAUUUCAAGCUCAUUAAAGGAUUAUGUAAAGUUAUUGCUCUGGGCUUCUGAAAUUCCCUCUAGUCCAGUCAGUUUGGUGAAAUCAAUAAAAGGUCGAUUAAGGAACAUUUCUCUCUUA